CUGUUGCCCGUUGACGAGCUUAGGAAUUAGGAUUAAGGUGUCAAGAGUCAACUCUAGCAGGCAUGGUUUCCUAGAGAGAGGUCUUCGUUGCUGCCUAUCGUUCUUGUGUGUCCUAAAAAAUUCGAGUGGAGAGGGAAGAACCAGUAGCGCUAGCGCAAGCAGAUUGUGGUUGGCGGCCAUGGAGACCGCGGUGCUGAGCGCCGUGCUCAGAACGCUGGGGCCGAAGCUCUACGCGUUCCUCCGUGACGGGCACGACCUGUUGCGGCGGGACCUGGAGCGCGACGUCCACUACAUCCGGAACGAGCUCGCCAUGAUCGCCGCCGCGAUCGAGGAGCACGACCGCCGCCCGCCGCCCGCCGCAGGCGACGUGCGGAGCGCCUGGAUCCGCGGCGUGCGCGACCUGGCCUGCGACAUGGAGGACUGCGUCGACCGCUUCGUGCACCGCGCCACCGGCCACGGCCUGGCCUCCAUGGGCGCCCGCGCCAAGUUCGCCGCCGUGAUCCAGGAGCUCAGGAGGAAAUCCGAGGAGCUGUCCCGCCUCAGAGCCAGUUACGCCGCCGCCGCCGGCGAGCCCAGCUGCUGGGUGGCUACAGGAUCAUCCGCGUUGACCCUGCCGGCGUCGUCGUCUGAGGCGCACACCCUUGCAUCUGACAUCGUGGGGAUGGACGGGCCCCGGGACGAGAUUCUUGAGCUGAUAGGGGAAACCCAGGGCCAGCUCAAGGUGAUCUCCAUUGUUGGGUUUGGUGGGUUAGGGAAGACGCUUCUUGCCAGGCAAAUCUACGAGAGCGACGCCGUCGCCGCGCAAUUCCAUCCACGGAUUUGGGUUCGUGCCGCGGGGAAGAACGCAGAGGAUGUCCUCAUGGACAUUCUCCAGCAGCUGGGGAUGCCGGUACAUCACUGCCAUGCCAGCAAUCUCGUUGUAAAUCUCAGAAAUUGCCUUGAAUCCAAGAGGUUCUUUGUUGUAAUUGACGACAUGCAGAGGGAAUAUUGGAACAGCUCUUUCAGAAAUGCCUUUCCUUCUGAUACGGGACUGAGCAGCAUUGUGAUCGUAACGACGGCCAUCCAGUCCAUAGCAAAUGCCUGCAGCUCUCGCAACAGCCAUGUGUACGUGAUGAGAACCCUGAAUGAGGAACACUCAAGACAGCUAUUCUUGAAAGAAGCAUCAUGGAAAGAUUACCCACCAGGUUCAGAAGCAAUCCUGAAGAAAUGUGAUGGUCUGCCGCUUGCUCUCGUCACAACAGCCCAAUUCUUGCAAAGCAGAUGUCAGCAGCAGCCUCUGGGAUGCGCAAAGCUGUGCGACAACCUGGGUAAGCAUCUUGUGACAGAAGACACCUUAGCAAGAAUGAAGCGUGUGCUUGUUCACCAUUACAGCAGCCUCCCUGGCCAUGUCAUCAAGGCCUGCUUGCUCUACCUGGGAAUUUUCCCCAGUGGUCAUCCUGUCAGGAGAAAAACUCUGAUAAGGAGAUGGUCAGCUGAAGGAUUCGUGGGAGCAGACCAUCACCGGAGCUCUCUAGAUGUCGCCAUCGACAGCUUCGAGGAGCUCGUUAACCGGAGCAUCAUCCAGCCUGUUGAUGUGAGCAGCAACACUGAGGUGAAGACCUGCCAAACUCACGGUAUGAUGCUUGAGUUCAUCCUGCACAAAUCCAUAUGUGACAACUUCAUCACAUUUCUGUACGGUCAGGCUCGCCUGCCUGACAAGAUCCGUUGCGUUUCCAUACAACAGAACAGUGGUAGUAAGACCAGAGUGGAUUCAGACAUUGAUCUGUCCCUUGUCCGGUCUCUGACGAUCUUCGGAAAAGCGCACAAGUCUUUCCUGAAUUUCUCCAGGUAUAAACUUCUCCGGGUUUUGGAUCUCGAAGAGUGUGAUGAAUUGGAGGACGAGCAUCUGAAGAAGAUAUGCAAGCGGUUGCUUCUCAAGUACCUAAGCCUCGGCCGUGGAAUUACAGUGCUUCCAAAGGAGAUCGCAAAGCUGAAAUUUCUUGAGACGCUCGAUUUACGGCGAACGGUGAUUAAGUUUCUUCCCAUACAAGUGCUCGAGCUGCCAUGUCUGAUUCAUCUGUUUGGAGUGUUCAAGAUCCAAGAUGCUGACCAGCAAAUGAGGAAGCUCAAAUCCUUCCUGACGGAGAAAAGCAAGUUGGAGACACUGGCCGGAUUUGUCACCGAUAGGUGCCAAACAUUUCCUCAGCUCAUGAAACAUAUGACCAACUUGGCAAAGGUGAAAAUAUGGUGCGAGAACACCGCAGAUGCCAGCAGCAGCAGCAACUCUGAUGUUCACCUGUCAGAGGCCAUUCAGGAGUUCAUCCAGAGAGGCACAGAUGUGAACGAUGUCCGAUCACUCUCUCUCGAUGUCGGCGAAUGCUCCCAAGAAUUUCUCAACUUCUCUUUAGGAGAUUCAUGCUACCUAAGCUCCCUGAAGCUGAAAGGAAACAAGAUAUGCAGGUUGCCACCGUUCGUCACCUCGCUGGCCGUUCUCACUGAUCUGUGCCUCUCAUCCUCUGAUCGCCUCAGCUCUGAUGUUCUUGCGGCCCUGAGCAACGUCCGCGCGCUGCGUUACCUGAAGCUGAUCGCGCGUCACCUGGACAGGUUCGUGAUCGAACGCGGCGAUCUGCAGAGCCUGCGACGCCUGCACAUCGUGGUGGUGUCCAUGACGACGAUGAGCAAGCAGCAGCCAGAGAUCCAGGAGGGAGCCCUGCCGAAUCUGGAGUCGUUCCAUCUCCUCUGCAAGGAUCUGGAUGGCCCCUGCGGCCAUGGAGGCAUCAGGAUCGACUCCCUCGGGCUCGGGUGCCUCAGGGAGAUUGUUCUUGACGACGGAGUUCGUGAGACGGCGAAGGAGCAGUGGAAGGACGCGGCGAGGCGGCACCCGAAGCGGCCCAAGGUGGUGUUCGUCGGAGCGGGAGACGUCGUCGAUCGGCGGCGGGUGGGUGCUGCUGCUGCUGCCGCGCCUGCAGCAGGAGAGAGCAAUUCUGCGAUGGCACCGGCGGCGGUGGCUUCGGUGGUGGCCGCCGGCGACGUCAAGAGGCCGGCUAGGGAGGAAUCCGAUAUCUCCGCCGCGCUGGCGAGCCUUCCGGCGAAGAUGGCGAGGCUGCUCGGCGCUGCGAGCAUCCACCAGAGUAGUGGGACUCAGGGCGAGCUGUCCUGCGGCGGGAACGGAGCAUCACAGCGCCAUUUCAGCUAGACAGAGAUACAGAGAGCAUAGCGUGGUAACGGGUAACUAUCUCUGUUACCUCUGUUCCAUAUUACAUGUCGUUUUUAGUUAUAUUCUAAGUUGAACUUGUAUAGUUUUGAUCGAGUUACAUAUAAAAGUAAAUACUACUCCACUAUAAGAGCAGGUACAAUAGCAAAUUAUAAGCUAGCUAUACACAUAUUUUAAGAAGAUAAAAUAGGGGAGAGAAAAGCAGUCGGCUACAUAUUUGUAGCCAGCUAUAGUAUGGACUCUGAGACACAUUGUGUGUGUAUGAUAGAUGAGACCAGAUUUAAUAGGGUAGUAUGUAACUGUUGUAUGAAUUAGCUAUUAAAUUAACUAUAGAUGAUUUAAAGCUAUUAGUUGGCUAUACUAUUAAACUUGCUCUAAAACAUGUUAAUUAAAAUCCACUAUAAAACAUGUUGUUCUGAUAGUGUAUUUAUUUAGUAUUGGAGAUGUUAAUUAUUUUUUACUGUAUAAAUUUGCUCUUAAAAAUAAAUUUGACCGAGUAUAAUACUAGAACACCUCCCGUUGUGGAACUAAACCUCCAAUUAAUGUAAGCAUCUAGGAAGAAGAAUCUUUAUUUCUUUAAUUCAGCUUCACAAGAGAAAGUUACACUCAACCUGAGUACCUGACGUUUUAUCUGCGCUUCCGCAACGUCUUAUUUGCUCACGGAUUACAUAUGACUGCAAGUACAUACACAUUUCCAAUUAUUAGGCAACAGUAAUUACUCACUAAUUGGCCUUGGUUAGGCUUAUUUACGUGUUCUAAUUGGUGAUAACUAGAGACAUAUUUAAUUAUUAGUCAUUAUUUCUAGCUUUUGAGAGAGAUGAUCCCAUUCUGGAUAUUCCACUGCAUGCUCCAGUGGUUGUUGACGUUCUUGUAAGUCCAAUAGGCCCAUCCGAAGGUAGCUCGUCCAUAAACAUCUAGCUGGGCUUGUGCAAACCUCUGAUAAUCCUGGUUAGAUGCUCCCUGCACAUUC